AUGUCUGAAAACAUUUUUUCAUAUGAGAAUGGAGAAACAAAAACCUUUAAUACCAAUAACGAUAAUAUCAAAGUAACGGUUGAAGGAAUAAAUGGUGAUAUCGCAAGGGUUUUUCUUGUGGAUAAAAAUAAUAAGACGUAUGAGUUGACGGGUGUAGUUUUUGAAAAUGCAAUGACUGGAAAACUAUUACAGCCUGUAAAAGUCAAGGAUAAAGAAAGCUAUCUCAUAACUUGGUUAUAUAACUAUAAGUUAUCCGUGGAUG